AUGCUUAUGCUCUCGUUGAUCUUAUUGGCAUGGCUGCUACCUACCGGCCUGUUCGCCCAGAGCCGUUGCAAUGGGCGCUCGGAGUACUGCGAUCGUCGCUAUGCGGACGUCCGAUUUGUUGGCGCGCAUAACUCGCCGUUUGUUGGCUUCUUGCCGCAGCACAACCAGGAAAUUUCUGUUACAAAGCAGCUUGAUCUGGGCAUCCGAUAUCUGCAGGGUCAGACACGUAUACAUCCUGAGAAGAAGACCCUAAACAUGUGUCACACGUCCUGUUUGUUAGAGGAUGCUGGUCCUGUUGAGAAGUUCCUAGGGACGAUUGGGAAAUGGCUGGAUAGCCAUCCCGACGAAGUCGUAACUCUCCUGCUUACGAAUGGCGACUUUGUUGAUAUCAGCAGAUUUGACGAUGUGUUUGACAAAAGUGGGAUUAAAGAACACGUUUUCGUCCCGUCAUCUUCUCCGGGCACCCUUCCUAUUGAUUCCUGGCCUACCUUGGGCGAAAUAAUCAAGUCCGGAAAGAGGUUAAUCGUAUUCCUAGACUAUAAAGCGGAUGCCUCCAAGUUCCCAUAUAUCUUGGAUGAAUUCGCCUACUACUUCGAGACACCCUUUUCAACGACCGAUCCUAAAUUUGCUCAGUGCAAGAUUGACCGCCCUCCAAAUGCAAGCCCCGACGGAAGGCUUUACCUGCUAAAUCACACACUAAAUGUCGAUGUAUUUGGUGUGAUUAUACCAGAUAGGUUGAAAGCCCCAAAAACCAACGCCGCCAGAGGCGAAGGAAGCAUCGGCGCGCACGUUGACUUAUGCAACUCGAUCUAUAACCGGAAACCAAAUGUCGUUCUUCUUGACUAUAUCAACCACGGCCAAGUGAUGAAGGCUCAGGACCAACUAAAUGGCUUUUAA